AUGGCGCCUACCGUCACUACGCCGAAAGGCAUUGCACAGCUGAAGACGACCAAGCGAGCUGAUUUCGUCAUCGUUUGCGGAGACUUCGAGUUCAAAGUACACAAAAUCGUUGUUGGCAGUCAUUCAGAUUUCUUCGAACGAUGCAUCGAGGGUAACUUCCAGGAGUCUACCAGUGACAAGGUCGAGCUUGUUGAGCAAGAGCCAGAAAUCGUAGCGAUGGGACUGAUGUACAUCUACACUGGCGCGUACAACAAGGAAGACCUUAUCGACGUUUGGCCGAACUUGAGCGAGAAAGUCAAGCUUUACAUGCUAGCUGAAUUCCUUCUCAUCGAUGACUUGGUCAAGGUUGUCUCCGAUGACCUCAUCGGAUGGCUGGAUGACGGCGAUGACUCCUCGUCGAACAACACCAGCACCUGGACCUCGAGUGCAGACUGGACGGACAAACUUUCUGUCGCGAUAAAGAAGGCAACGGCCAGCCAAGAUCUUCUGCAGAGCGCAUACGAACACAUGCCGCAGGCUGCCGAUUUGCGCGCACGCACCACAAUCAAAGCACUCGACUUCAUGAAGGCUGCGCAGAGCUUGUCGGAGCAGGAACCAUCGCCUCCUUACGAAGAGAUUGACGCUGACAACUGGGGCAACAACGGCAGGGGCCCUAACGGCGUCUGGGGUCCUAACGGCUGGGUCCCUCCUGGUCUCUCCGACAGUGAGAAACAAGCCAAUGCGGAUUUCGAAGUGACUGCCGGGCAACUCCGCUCUCAAGUCCUGGAUCUACAAGAACGUCUGGGUCCUAUGUUCGAGCAGCACGAUUCCGUUGCGUACAACGUGGCUCUCCAUUAUUGGCGCAGGGAUGUUGAGCACACUGAUCGCAUCGAAGAUCUUGAGCGCGCCCUCCAGAAAGCUGGGAUCGCAUACAACCACUCCAGCUGGUGA